GAUCUCCCCCCCUCCACCACCACCUCCCCCUCUCCCUCCACCACCAAAACCCCAACCCUAACCCUCCACCCCGCCACCCUCGCCGAACACGCAACCGCCACCCACCUCAACAGCACUGCAUGGAAAACCCCCCUCACCACAACAACCUACCUCGCCCGCGAACAAGCCCUGCUCAGCCAACCCCUCGCCGCCAACGGCAACCUAACAUGCUGGAUCCUCAUCGACCCCACCAACCCGGGACAAAUCCUCAGCGCCUGCGAAACCUACCGCCGCCGCGCCCUCGUCGCCCGCCACGGCACCCUCCACGAAGUUACCGGCUACGGCAUUGCAAACCUCUACUCGCGCCCCGAGCUUCGACGCCAGGGGUACGCAUCCCGCAUGCUGCGCGCGCUGAUGCGUCGGCUGGCUGGGCCCGGUGCGGGGGAUGCGCGGUUCGUGAUGGGGUACUCCGAGAUUGGGACGGGGUUUUAUCACGGGUUUGGGGGGAGGGGGUUUCCUGUGGUGGGCUGGGGGUGGGAGGUUCCUGCUGAUGCUGCUGCUGCUGCUGCGCAGCUUACUAGUGCUACUAUGGGUGAGGAGGGGGUGCAGGUACGGGAUUUACUCGCUGAGGAUGUUCGGGCGUGUAUGUGUAGUGAUUCGGUGCUGGGUCGGUUGCGCGAAAGGUUGAGGUGCGCUUCUUUGCGGGAAGGAAGUUCGUCUGGGGGUGGUGGUGAUGCUGGCACUCCUGCUGGUGGUUGGGGUGCUGGUGCUGCUGCUGGGGCGGUGCAAUUCGCCAUCCUCCCCAGCUGGGAGCAUUUUGCGUGGUUCCAGGCGCGCGAGGACCUCACGGCCCGGCUGAUGGAGCCGCCGCGGCCGGUGCCGUUGGUUCGCGGGGCCGCGGAUGAUGAGGUUGGGGUGUACUGUGCGUGGAAUCAUGAGUAUGGCGAUUUACCCGAGAAUGGGGUCUUGUAUAUCCUGUAUUGGGCUGUGGAGGUGGUGGCCGGAGAGCAGGGGGUUCCCGUGGUGGUGGGCGAGACGGGGAGUAUUCCGGGGUUGUGGUGGAUGGGGUUAGAGGGUGACGUGGAGGGUGGAAGUGAGGAGAGGGUGGAGUGGUAUUCAACCAACCGUACGGAAAACUAUCCCAAACGCCAGCACAUUUACAUCUGA